AUGGCCUUCUACUCCCUGAGAGUGGCUGCUGCCUUGGCUACUUGUUACCUCACCAAGAAGCAUCAAGCAUGCAAUCCAUGUUUAUCUGGUGUGGAGGAUUUUUACCUUUUAUGGAAAUACGGCAGGUCUGCCAAAUUCUUCCACACUGGAACAUGGUGCUGUGGAGACAAGUUGCCAGGGAGGUGUCUACAAAAUCCUGAUGCAGUGAAUUCAGAAAGUCUGGCAAUGAUAAAACGGAGCGUACCUUCCAUCUCAAUGUCUGAGGACUGCCUGUAUCUCAACAUCUACACACCAGCUCAUGCCCAUGAGGGCUCUAACCUGACUAAAGUGGCCAACUUAUCUGGUUGUGAGACUACAGACUCAGGGGCCCUGGUGCACUGUUUGAGAAGCAAGACUGAAGAGGAGAUGCUGGCUAUUACCAAGGUCUUCCAGUCUAUCCCUGCUGUGGUAGAUGGGGUAUUCCUACCCAGGCAUCCCCAAGAGUUGUUGGCUGCUGUGGAUUUUCGCCCUGUCCCCAGCAUCAUUGGUGUCAACAAUGAUGAGUAUGGCUGGCUUCUCCCUGUGGUGAGGCUCGGUUCCAAUAUUCUGGAAAUGUUACCUCCUGAGUGUGGUGACCUGCUAAUGGAAGAGUAUAUGAACAACACUGAAGAUGCCCAGACCCUCCAAAUACAGUACAAGGAAAUGAUAGCAGACUAUUUGUUCGUGAUUCCUGCACUCCAAGUAGCAAAGUUUCAACGCUCUCAUGGCCCUGUCUACUUUUAUGAAUUCCGUCAUGUGCCCAGCUAUGAAAAAGAUACGAGGCCAGCCUAUGUGAAAGCUGACCAUGGUGAUGAGGUUCCCUUUCUUUUGGGGUCCUCCCGCUGGGGCAUAAAACCUGACUUCACUGAGGAAGAGGAGCUGCUGAGCAGGAGAAUGAUGAAGUACUGGACCAACUUUGCAAAACAUGGGAACCCCAACACUGAGGGUCUACCCGACUGGCCAGUGAUGGACGAUAAUGAGAAGUACCUGCAGCUCGACAUCCAGCCUGCUGUGGGCCAAGCCCUGAAGGCCAGAAGGCUGCAGUUCUGGACCCAGACUUUGCCCCAGAAGACCCAUGACCUAAAGGGGUCUCCGGAUAAUUACAAAGAGUAGUACCCUGUGAGAGGAAUGGUGUGAAGGGCUGAAUAUACAUGGGGUCAGCCGAACAUUCUUAGAGAAUCCGGUUAGAGUCUAACAGUCACAUCACCGUCCCUUACCGCUACAAUUGUCCAUUUGGUCUGCAUGUACGACAAACCUUUGGUGUGUCACUCAUUCCUCAGCAUGCUGGGACACCUUUUAUGAGACUCCGUGAAUGCUCCCAUGACUGUAGAUGUGUGACCCCUAAGUGCUCCAGUCUUCUUUCACUGUCCCCUGGGACAACGCCCUUUCCUUCCUUUUUCAUCUGCUCUCAUCCUCUCUCCUCUUCUCCAAAGCCCCAGACAGUCUUCAGAUGAAACAGAUGCUUUGGGAAUAUUUAUUAUAUGGGAGUGGACUGUCAAAAUCCUAUGUUCUCUCAGCAAGUCUCACGUCUUCUUAUUUGUAAGUGGCCAAUAAAGAAACCUAAGAGCCAAAGUCCUACCUAUUGUUUUCAUGUGUUCAGUCAGGCUGUUGUUCCAAAAAUUCACAAAUUGUAAGCUGAGCUCUGUAAUAGGUACUGUGGGUCCUGCUAUCAGAGGCAUAGGCAGAAAGAUCAAAUGAUUCCCACAGUUUUGGGUCAUCCUGAGCAACAUAGUAAGUCCAGCAUCUCUAAACAAAUUAUAAUCUGGACAACA